CUGAAUUAUGCAACGGUCAAAAGACUCUCGCAUUUACACAGAUGCCCCUUACCCUCGUUGUUUAUCCCCAAACUCUUCUUUCAGUAGAAAUUCAACAUUUUCAGGUCUUCAAUGGAAAUCUCUUCCCUCAAAAAUUCCAAUCUGAUAGAAAUGCUGUUACAGCUCUUUUUCUUUUGAGUUCUGAUAAUUUGAUUCCAAAUCUCUUGAGAGAGACGGAUAGGAAAAGGAGAAGAAGAAGGGAAAAUGGUUUUGAAGAAGCGGAAUGCCGAUAUCUCUGUUGUUAGUGGAGGAGGGAUUCAAAGGAAAAGUGUUGAACCCGUCGAUCAUUGGGCUUUUUUGGAAGAAAUGGAAGCCCCCAUGUGGGUGGAUUUCACUUCAGAAGAUCAGUUCCUGUACAAAGACAUUGACAAUGCUUGGUUCCGAAUGGAGCACCCGUUCCAUCAGCGCCCAUCUCACCAUUUAAUCUUAUCAUUCUCUCUUUUGAGCAAAAGGAAAAUGAAGUCCCCUGAAUUACUCCAGCUUUCUCCCAAGCUUCCGGACUCAGUCUCAAAAUCGAGAGGCAAGCAUUAUAGGAGCAGGAAAUGGGAAGACGUUGAACACAUUGCUUCAACAAGUAAACAACAUCCAAUCAGGAUCUUGGAUGGAAAGGAUUCAUCUGAUGUUGUACAUAGUAAUUUGACCAGCACGAUCACAUCGAAGUACUCUAACAUAAGACCCUCUACCAGCUCUGGAAAUCCAAAGAGCUCUUCCAAUCCAAAAGAAAAUUUGACAUCUGAAUGCAAAUCAACCAUCACCACAACAUUGAAGUCCCCUAGCAUAAGAACAAAAAGCUCUGGAAAUCUGAAAAGCUAUUCCAAUCCAAAAGCAAGUUUGACAUCUGAAUGUAAAUCAACCAGCACCAUAACAUCAAAGUCCCCUAGCAUAAGAUCCAAAGGCAGUUUUGGAGAUCUGAAAAGCACUUCAAAUUCGAAUGCAAGCACCACAGGCGACAGCAAUCAGCAAACAUCAAUCCCUGAGUCGUCUAAUCAUAUGGUUGGCUACACAAGUCGGUUACUGUCAUCCAUGAGGAUCAGUCUUACAAAGAAUUGUGUUACAAGACAUGCGUCGAGGGUAGAGGUCAAGGAAGGAGGACUACCAAAACAACGUAAAUCUUCUACAACAAGCAAGUCAAGUGUGGGGUCCUCUUUCAACCCCGGCUGCAAUAUCGAGAGCGUCAAUCUUGCAGUGAAUGAGGAGGGAACCCCAGAGAGUAGGAAAGAUAAAAAUGAUGUACGACCCAACAACAGCAAAGUUUCAUAUGUAUGGAAGACAUCCAAGUGUCAUGUUCCAGACAGGGGAUCAAAUUCGAAUUUGAAAUGGGGAGAGAGAGUGCCUGCUGCUGAGCCCGUCUACAAAGAGGCAAAAGCAAAGCAGGUUCUCCAUUCAUCUGGGCCUAGAAAACCUUUGUGGUCACGCAAUGCUGCAGAUCUGCCAAAGGAAAAACUGGCUACAAAAUCUAAGCAGAUCACUGCUCCUAGCAAAUUCAGUAGAGUGGUGGGAGUUGGCAAAGAAAAUGCUGCAACAAAUAUGAGUCGGAAUCAGAAAGCUUCAAAGCAAGAGAUACACGUAAAGGACGGUGACAGAUUAACUGAUGUAAAGAUAAAAGCCAACGGGAGAGCUCAAGGAAAGAAACCAACAAAUGCAACGUCGAGAAUGCCCUUCCGAUAGGUUUGACAGCUCAACAUGUACAUGGUUCCAUUUUUUUUGUUUUUUGUUUUUGGCAGUGCAUAUACAUGGUCUUGAUUUCUGAUGCUUUGUGGUGUUUGGAUGCACUGCUGAUUUGAAUUGUAAUGAUCAUUUUCAAGCGGGAAAUGGUCAUAUUGCAAGUGUCUUACUUUGAGUAGUUUGGUAGUUGUGAGUCAAACUUGAAAGGGAUUUAACUGAAAUUUAAGAGCUACUCAUUGUGAAAUACUAAGGAAUUUAAAUGCAAUUUUUGUCAUUUUGUACA